UUCUUCUUCCAUCAGCGUUAGUACUCCAUUGCUCGACUCCACCCUACCUCGCCUCCUUAUUUAAUCCUCGGAUUUGCUCGAUUUCUCCAGGGUUUUGGUUCGGUACGAAGCUUAAUCUCUUCUCCUCCCCCUUUUUGGUGUUGUUUUCAUCUCUGGGUGGUGCUUCCAUUGAGCUUUGAUUCCUUUGUGAUUGAGAAGGAUGCUACAAGGUUUAGAUGCGGAUAAGUUGCACCAAGAAGCGAAAACACGGUGGUUGAAGCCGAUAGAAGUUCUAACAAUCUUGCAAAAUCAUGAGGGUUUCAAAAUCACGGAUAAGAACCCCGACAGGCCACCAAGUGGCUCUUUGUUCCUUUUCAACCGUAGAGUACUUCGUAAUUUUCGAAUGGACGGCCAUUCGUGGAGGAGAAAGGGAAACGGGAAAACAAUUGCAGAAGCGCAUGAGCGCCUUAAGAUUGCUAAUAAUGAUGUGUUGAAUUGUUACUAUGCUCGUGGAGAGGAAAACUCAUCAUUUCAGAGGCGCUCCUACUGGAUGCUAGAUCCGGCUUACAGUCACAUUGUUCUUGUCCAUUAUAGAGAAGUUGAGGGAGAAAAUAUUCCAGGACUGGUUUUCAACCUCUCAAAUGAAUCUUUUUCAAAUUCCAACCAGGAUACUAGUAGAGCUCAAGUACACAAUUUCCCUCGAACUAGUGAAUUAACUGAACUAUAUCAAAAUUCAGGCAGUAAUGGAACUGCGGAAGAAGUUAAUUCUCAUUUAAUCAUGGAAAGUUUUGAGACAAGUAACACAUUUGAUUGGUCAGAGACUUUUGAUCUGCCAUUUCUGCCGGAAGUCGAUGAAUCAAUUCAAAAUUCUCGUCUUCAAUGGAGUUCGGAUAAUGAGAUUAAUUAUGAUUAUAAAGACUUUGUUGGUCAAAUGCCUUCAUAUGACAUUGAAAACAAGAACCAACAAGAUCUAGGGCUUUCUGAUUUUGAAAUAAAGGAAUCAUCGGAAGAAACCUUUAAAGAUAGGUUCAAUGAAAUGAGACACAAAAAGAACGGUCAUGCUGAAGAAGCUAUAAUUGAUAUUGAUUCAGGUCUGUUGAUGGAGCUGAAUCAAUUGGAAAGUACCUUAAGAACCUGUUCUAGUUUUGAAAUGCCACAAAAGCAGUGGUUUCACAUUCGUGAGGUUUCUCCAGAAUGCGCAUUUUCUUCUGAAAGAACAAAGGUUAUUAUUAUAGGAGACUUCCUAUGGAAACCCCCUGAAUCUAAAUGGGCGGUAUCAUUUGGUGACGUUGAAGUUCCUCUGGAAAUUAUUCAACAAGGUGUCAUCCGCUGCCACGCUCCACAACAUAUUAUUGGAAAGGUGAAUUUAUUUAUUACAAAUGGCAAUGGAGAGCAGUGUAGUGAAGGACGGGAGCUAGUAUUCCUCAGUAAGCCAGGUAUGUAUAGUUCGAGCAGCACUUACACUCAAGAAGUAGAAGUCAAAAGUAGAGAGGAACAGCUGCUGCUUCUCAAAUUGGUGAAGCUCCUUUUUGGUGAAAACAUUGGUGCACUUACUUCUAGACAUGAUAACAACUCUGAAUUUGAUCCUGUGAGAAAUUUGACCGAUAUAAAAGAUCAGUCGACUUCAGAGAAUACAAUGGAUUCAGUUGUUCAAGAGCUACUAAAGGACAAGUUUGAGCAAUGGCUACGAUCUAAAAAGAUUAAGGAAAAUAGUGAACAAGAUUGUUUGCUGUCCAAGCAAGAUCAGUGCAUUAUACACAUGAUUUCUGGGUUGGGAUAUGCGUGGGCCUUGAAACCGAUUCUUAAUUCUGGUGUGAGCAUAAACUAUCGUGACACACUUGGAUGGACAGCCCUUCAUUGGGCUGCACAUUUUGGGAGGGAAAAAAUGGUUGCUGCUCUUCUAGCAGCUGGUGCUUCAGCCGGAGCAGUUUCACAUUCUACGUCACAAGACCCUGUCGGAAAGACUCCAGCUUCAAUAGCUUCUUCCAACAGUCACAAAGGGCUCGCUGGGUAUCUCUCAGAAGCCGAAUUAACAAGCCAUUUAUAUACUCUCGCAACAAGAGAGAGUGAGAUCUCUAAAUGUUCAGAUAUAGCUGUAGAUACAAUAUCCCAGAGAAGUGCUUAUUUGUAUGGUGGCUCCGAGGAUCAGCUUUCACUUAAAGACUCCCUAGAAGCAGUUAGGAAUGCAACUCAAGCUGCAGCUCGAAUUCAAGCUGCUUUCCGAGCAUAUUCUUUUAGAAAGAGGCUACGACGUGCUUCUCUAAGUAGAGAUGAAUUUGGGAUCUCUCUCGAAGAUAUACAUGAAAUUUCGCAUGCAACAAAGUCGUUCAGGGCGUAUCAUGGAGAUCCUAAAUUUGAGAAAGCUGCUCUUUCUAUUCAGACGAACUACAGGUGUUGGAAAGGACGAAAAGAAUUCCUAACUACACGUAAACAUGUGGUGAAGAUACAGGCUCACGUAAGAGGUCGUCAAGCAAGGAAGCACUACAAGGAGUUUCUGUCGACGGUUAGUAUAUUAGAAAAGGUCGUACUAAGGUGGCACCGUAGAGGAGUCGGCUUGCGAGUGUUUCAUGGACAACUGGAGCCAAUGGAUAAAGAGGAUGAAGACGAUAUUCUCAAGGCUUUUCGGAAACAGAAAGUGGAUGCAAGUCAUGAUAAAGCCAUCUCGAGGGUUAUCUCUAUGGUAAAAUCUCCUGAGGCACGGCAGCAAUACAGGCGGAUGCUUGAAAGGUACCAACAAGCAAAGGACGAUCUGGCUGAUUACAAAGAUCAAGGGUCGGACAAUCAUGAGGCUAAAUAGCAAUGAAAGUGCAUUUCAUAUUGCAAAGAUUUCUACUUUCCUUUUGUCAACUAUAAUCGCCAAUGUGCGAUUCUGCGUGGAUCUAGUAGUUAUUAGUAAGAUAAUAAUCUGAAGCAUCUUCUCGAUUGCUGAUAGGCUACUGAACCCAGUGUUUACAUUGCUUUUCUUUUGUACAUGGCUCAGAGCUUUUCUUUUGUACAUAGCUCAACCGUAAAUAGUAUUGCGGACCCAGUGUUUACAUUGCGUUUCUUUUGUACAUGGCUCGACUGUAAAUAGUAUUGUGCACGCCAAACUAAAAAGUGAGAUAAUUUCCUGUUUA